AUUUGUAGGUUGUGUUUCAUACUUCUUUGUCUACGGUUUGACCGUUGGGAUCAUAGAUAUGAUCUCUGGUUCAUCGAGGAAAGUCGCUGGACAGAAGGGGUGCGAUACUGUUUUUCUGUAGCAGGACAGUAGAUUAGAGGUAAGGAGCAAGCCGGGGGCUCAUCCAAAGGCAAGGGCAUAGCCGAGUGAAGACAAAACUAUCAAGAUCAGAAGUAAGGUAUGUACUGUAGAUAUCGGGACUCAAGCGUGAAGGGAAGCCAUGAGGUGGGCGGAGGACUCCGAACUCCUUAAAUGUUUU